AUGGCGCUUGCUGCAGUUUGUGGAUUCGGUGAAGCCGGCUUAAAAGAUCUUAAUACUCCCUUUGCAGCACGAAAUACCUUAUGCCACGAUGUUAGUGCAAUAGCUGAAGAUUCACAGAGUUUCUUCGUACCACCAAACUACGAUCCUGCAGAAACCAUCAAGUCACUGCAACAAGAAAAAAGCGACAUCAAGAUCCAUUUCAACAGAGGAACGACGACACUAGCAUUCAAAUUUAAACAUGGCGUCAUAGUUGCUGUUGAUUCCAGGGCUACUGCUGGCCCUUAUAUAGGUAAGAUCUGGAAAUCAGUUAUCCUAAUUCCACUGAGCAUUUACAAAUUUUUGGUUGCUGUUCCAAAGAAGUAA